CAUUAAUUCAUUACUCACGAUGACCACAGUUCCAUAUCCCACACCCAGAAGCAUGACGGCUUUGUUGGAGCGGGCCCAGGCAACUUUGGCCAGUGCUCGGUCUGGCCUGCUCAACACGGGAAUUAGUCCUUUGGUAGAGUCUAACUCAAGCCGCCAGCAGCCAGAAGCGCUGGAAAGUGCAAUGGAAUCCCUCCGCGAUAAUAUGAACGCGCUACGGUCUGAUCUCGUUCGAUACCGCUUGCAGCUAAUGUCCGACGAGACCACCGUUCUACAGCACGAAAUUUCCCACUUGCAGAAAGAUAUCACACAAAAGUCAACAGCUAUCGCCCAGUAUACAUCCUUGCUAACGCGUUGGCAUUCCACUCUUGUCGACCUCUCCUCAUCGACUACCGAGGCGCUCUCCCGUUCGUAUCGUGACGAGUCUCUGAUACAAAAGUAUGCUAGUCGGGCCCCUCCCCGUCGCUUUGUAGAUGAGGACUAUGCAGAAUUGGAUGACGUGGACGAUAACCCCCACAAGACAGGAGCAGACGGAAUUCCUAAUUUGUCACCUGUAUUAAGCUCCAGAGAUAGCGUCGCACCUGAAGUACCGACGGAGUCGCAUAUGGACUUGGUAUUAGACGUUCUACCACCGGUGCAGGCCUCCGCAAAGUUGGAUGGAAUCUUGGAUGAUUUAAGUGCAAAUAGCGGCCUCGGCGGGGAUGUUCUUGCAAUGACUAGCCUUAGUGAUACCGCGCUACCUGCACAAGGGGAGGGGUUGGCGAGCCAAUCCCAAGGGUUUUUUGACAUGUUUGGUGAUUCCAUGGGCUCGCUUGAUUCAUCUCCAAUGGAGCUGGGUGGAUUCGGAAUGGAGAGUUUGGAUGUGGGCGGUUUUGACAUGUCUAGUCUAUCGUCCAAUACCACGACUUUGCCGACGACUGAUUCUACCAUGGGAUUAGGCAGUCAGCUCGUUGAUAGUUGGGAUACGACUUCCAUAACGCAAGAGGAGAAGCUUUCUCAGGUUGAUCCAACACCUCCCGCAGAACUUAGUGAAAAGCUGGAUUUUGAUGAGUUCUUAGUCUAGUGCUAUAGAAUGUGAGAUUACAGUCGCUUCAGGUAUUUUGGCAUGUUCACUUUAAUUGUGUCAAUAUACCCACUUUUCUUGUAUGUAUGACAUAUUCGCUCAGCACGCUUGAGGUGGAUACCUCUGUUAGAGCUAUGCCAUUCCACUACCCCAGUAUGAUCAGACCGCGUCUGGGAGCUUAUUUCAAGCGGCAAAAGGAUCGUACUACACACAGGAAAACGGGAGGUCCUAAAUAGUUAUGGAUUGUAUAAUAUUAGCUUGACCUUAACCUCACAUUUGGGUGUAGAAGACAACUAAAUAGUACGUCAGCAGACAUGUAGCCGUGAUCCAGGGCUUUUCAAAAUUACUCUGAUAAAUGUACGACGCCG